GUAGCCGACCUCUCCUCUUCGUCGUCGUCUCCAUCUCGCCCGAGAGGAAUUCCCCCCACCAAAUCUCCCUCCCCUCCAACACCAUCUCGUGGAAGCGCCGAGAUGUACCACCCCACCAGAGGCGGCGUCCGCGGCGGCCGAGACCAAUUUAAAUGGGACGACGUGAAGGUUGACAAGCAUCGAGAGAAUUACCUUGGUCAUAGUGUUAAGGCUCCUGUCGGAAGAUGGCAGAAAGGAAAGGACCUGAUCUGGUAUACUAGGGAUAAGAAAUCUGACACAGAAGAUGCUCUGAAGGAAGAAAUCAGGAGAGUGAAGGAAGAGGAGGAACAGGCUAUGCGCGAGGCACUUGGCUUAGCUCCUAAGCGCAGCAAUCGACCUCAGGGCAAUCGCUUGGAUAAGCAUGAAUAUGCUGAGCUGAUUAAGAGAGGAUCAACUGCAGAGGAUUUGGGAGCAGGGCAUGCUGAAGCAGCACAAGUGCAGGGUUUAGGCUUGUACAAGGCUCCUCAUGAUGAGGGAGAAUCGAGUUCUUUUAACCUUGAUCCUCCUGAAAUGGCACCUGAGCAGGCUGACCCUCCGCCAGCAUUGGAGGAAGAUUCACAGGAUGAUAGGAAGCGGAAAAGGCGGCAUGAGGAGAGGAGAGGGGACAAAGAGCAGAAACGAGAAAAGCAUGGCGAUGGAAAACAAAGGAGGCGAGACAAGCACGAGAGGAGGCGCGACUCGGAGGAUGGAUCAAAGCGGCAUCGCAAAGAUAAGCAGAAGAGGCGUCAUGAUUCUGAUUCUAAUUGAUAGCGACUCUGCCUGUAUCUGUAUGAUUGUUUAUGGCAAAAUAAUAUAUGACUGCUGUUAUGUGAAGGAACUCCAUUUGCAUGUAUCUGUAUGACUUCAAUAUUUGAUUCUGAUUCUAAUUGAGGCGUUGCUGGCGGUGUUGGCAACGCACAGUGCUUUUCCGGUC